GCUGGUCCGCUGAAAUUGCCAAACCACGUCAGACAGUCCUUACCUUGCUUCUUGAGUCAAAAUUUAAUCGAAAAUGGAGGAAAUUAAGCAAAAAGUGAAAUAUUUUUCGAUACGAUUGUGUAAACUAUGAUAUGUUCCUGUACUUCAUGACCAUAUCGAUGUCGCUAGUCUUGAUCAUGGAAAACAGCGGAACCCCAUUAAUGUCCUUAUUGGAUGGCACAUUUCUGGAGGCAUACAAUCGUUCGACAGAGAGCCCUGAAGGCGGGCCUACUUCUCAUCCGUGGAGAAGUGCUGAAGCUGGGAAAAUCUCUUUUUCAGAACGUACUAGAUUUACUAAAAUGUUAAGUCGUAAGCGUCAUAAAAUAAUACGUCGAACGAUUCCCGAAGAGGAGGAGAGAAGAAUUGAGAGAUUGUGGGAUCCCGUUCUUAAUAAAAGCUACGACUUUUCUAGCUUUGAGGAAUAUAAUACGACUACUAAGACAUAUCCCACUAUACCAAGUGAAAAGUUUGGUUUGGAAGAUGCUGCACGUACUUAUAAGAAUAUUUCCGAGCAAAAACCAGGUGAGAAUUCAACUCACCUCUUUAAUGAUGAAGACUAUUCGUGGAGUUCAGUCAAUACCGAAAUAAGUUAUGGAUACGAAAACCAAACGUAUGAAAACGGAAUCGAAGGAAGCAAGUCCCAAAAUGGAAAUGUCUCAUUCAGCUUAGCUGAUUUCCCCCUAGUUGAUGAGUAUCCCAUCUAUAAUCAAAGCUCAACCUGCAUAAAUAACAGCUCUACAGAGUAUCAAAAUCAAACUGUCAAUGAUUAUAAUUUCGCAGUACCUUGCCUUGCACCGAAUGUUAAUGGCAGAACAAGUUCUGUAAAAAACCAACAAUUGCUUGGCCAAAAAGGUCCAUUGAAGGUGUACCUAUUCAUGAACCGAAAUCCAGUUUAUGGAGAAGAGUAUUCAGUUUUCACAACUAUGCCGAGCCUGGGAAAGAAAAACUUUGCUGUCAACCUGACUGUAGAUACCAAUGAUUACUUAAUUGAUGAGAUACAUUCGGAUUGGAAAUACACCAAAAAUCUUCGAAAGUUAAUGCGAAAAUGGGGCAUAAGAAGUAAGCGAAUCGUAUACAAUCGUUGUUAUUUCCAUCGAUGUACGGCCCGAUUCUACAAUACGAAACAUAAAUACAUUGUGGCGAAAGUUAGUUCUUUGAACGACAGAAGAAAGCUAUUGGCACAUGUAGUGCGUUUCAAAAUUAAAGUACGCAAACCACCAAAUGUGUCGUGCCUACCAGCUUUGGAGUUAGAAUUUUGCAAAAAUCCCGAAAAGCCAGUAUAUUUCUCUCCCAUGGGUCAUCUAGAAUUUUUUGCGUCCAUUAGCGAUGCAUGCUCCACAGUGGAGUAUGAUAAAAUAACAUGGCAAUUAUGUGAUAUCACAGAGAACAAAAUUAUUGCUCGUCUAAAAAAUGCCACAGGACUGGUGGUGAAGCUACUGCCCUACAAGGUGCACAUCCUAAACGAACCGGAUAGGCGGAAAGUCUUUUUGCUGCGAGGUAAAGCUGUAAUAAACGGCGUAACUACGGUAGCUCGUUGCUAUAUGAAGUACAAACCGCCCCCAAUCGAACCCCUUAUCAAAGGCAAUGAGCGACGUCUGGUCGACGUCAGAAAACCCAUUAUUAUCGACGGAUCCAGCUCGAAGGACAGGUUGAAAAUAAGGGAAUCUAUAAAGUCGAAGCAAUUCUUGUGGACUUGUAUCAGCUUAGACGAUCCAUUUAACAAUUAUUGCAAAAAGUAUAUGUCCAAGAGCCCCACGUUGAGAUUACCCCCAUAUGCUCUUAAGGAGAAUGCCGUUUACGACUUCAGCUUAACCGUCAUCUCACGCUUCGAUCCGCGGAAUCGAAUGACCACAACCCAAACAAUAAAAGGCGUCGCUAAAACAACCUUCACGCCCCAAAUCCUUUGCCGUCGAAAUUGCGCUCUAGGUGUUUAUGCGCCGUUGGACAGCAUACACCUGAUCUCGAAAUGCGAUGACUGUCCGGGUACGGUUAAAAGAUAUGAGUGGUGGUUGUUGGACACAGAAUCACAGCCCACUCUGGAAUCCUCUCAUAAAUAUCUGAUUCUCCACACUCUAGAGCCCCUCGUUCAGAUCCGUCUAAGAGUGUGGGUGAAGGGCCAAGGGUGGGCAGAUGCGUUCUACACGCUGCGCCGGAACAAUGGCCCUCAACAUGGUAGUUGCACAAUAUAUCCUUUUUUGGGCGUCGAGGGCUUCACAAUGUUCGAGAUCGAUUGCCCCGGAUUUGAGUCGCCUUUCCCGCCAAUAACCUAUCGCUAUAUGGUGUCAUAUGGAGUUGUGGCCUCGAAUGUGCCAUACUCAAGGAUUGUGCUCACCCUACCCGCUGCAGAGACUAUCAUGAUCUCGAUAUGUGAUGCCAUUGACAUGUGCGUCGAAAAACGUGUAGAAGUGAAAGUAUUGUCGAUAGAUAAAAGCAUGCUAACGGGGCAAAAAGAAGUAAUGAACUAUGUGCCGAAUUUCUUUAAGCGAGGUCAUUGGAAUAGGGCCUAUAUCAUGGGAAUAGCUGCCAUCACUUUUAUAGAGACGUCAAUCGAUGGAGAUGAAUUCUACUCUUAUCUGACUGGCUUGGUCGCCUCAACGGGGUCGCAGAUGGAGCAGAUUACCACGCUGAGCUCGCACAUGCUUAUUAGGCUGCAUCCAGUCGAUUUUCGUGGAGCCACCGUCAUGGCAGAAAUGUUUAGCCACUUGGGCGACAGCUUCUCGGCGAUCGUUCAGGAGCAUGAAUGGCUUCAUCGGGAGGGCUACUAUUCGUUGACGGCCAUGCAUAUGUUCUUUAUGUCCAUUUUAGGAAAAAAAACCGAAAGCCAUUCAAACGCCAUGUGUAGUCUACAUAAUCCCGCGUGCAUGAAUUUGCAAAUAAUCGAUUUGGAGAAGCCGUUCGUCAUUAAGUUUGAUCCACUCAUUUUGGUGCGGAUCAAUAGCUGGCUGAUGAGUACAUGGUUCUUGUACAGGUGCAUUUACUUUCUUGGCGUCAUAGCCACUCAAAGACAUCAUCCGUAUGAUGACGCAUUAACAAUCCACAAGAGCGGCAUUGCGUACCAGAUUAAUGUGACUGAGGUGACAGAGAACACCAAGGACAUCCAGGUGAAGACAAUCGACCACAUACACGUUAUUAAAUUAUCGACAAAGCUGCUCUAUGAACUGCAACGCAGACUGAACCAUAGCUCUAUUCUGCUACAGAUCAUCUCGCAGCAGAACUUCCACAAUAUCUACUGGUGGUAUCCAGAUCCAUUCCCCUCGAAGACCAGUGUGCUUAUCGUUCACGCUUACAGUCCCGUUCAAUUUUUUAGAUCCGCCAAGGAGUUUCAGCUGACUAAUCCUUUAGUAUACAAGACGAAUAUCACGCAUUUCAACGACGCGUCCUUCAAUCAGUACAUGACCAAUAAUAGUAUCCAGAAUAGUACAGAAGUCCACAUAUACAGUGUGAUGCUAAACCACAAGGCCAUGUUGGCAGUGCGAAUCGUAAAUUGUUCGGAGCUAAUGUAUAUUAAGAUGCGAUUGCACAGAUGGCCAACGCUCGGACAGAUAAGGCAGCACGCUUGUCGGAUAACACCUGAUAUGCAGGGUAAACGCAUUUGGAUAGCCAACUCCUGUGAACGGAGCCCGGCAUAUGUGGCCAUACACAAGCCGGGCGAAAUCCGAUAUAAAACCGAAGACAAGGAUCAGUUAAGUGCGCGGGGAAGGAAGAAGGGGAACAGGACGCACGAUGGCUCGGAGACACCAGAGGUGAGACAAAAAGCGGACUUUAUUGACUAUGACAAUGAGGACAUAGUGGAGGAGGUUCUACCUCUGAACUACUCGAUACUUUUGGAAAUUUACCAGUGCAACAUCUGGAAGAACCGUUCAUUGGAUCCCGGCUGGAGCGAGGAUCAUUGCACCACCUCCUUUGAGCACAGUCGUGGCUCAUCUGUUCAGUGCACCUGCCAUACCUUAGGAGCCCUAUCCUCUCGUAUUUUUCCAAUUUCAUCGCAAUUGUUUGUCGAGCACAUACCCGUACCCAUAUUUACGUUCAAUAUGAUCCUAAUGAUUUUUUUCGCUCUGCUUUUUCUGCUGCUCGUCUUCAAGUUUCUCUUACACCUCAACAUUAUUUCUGCCUAUCUGAAGAAUCCGGAAUUUCGAUUGCAAUGCGAUGCGUCAGUUGGAAAGUCGGAUCAAUCGUUUGUGAGUGGUUCGGAGAUUCUACUCGUGAUUGUAACUGGUGGUCAGGAGUUUGCCGGAACUACAUCAAACGUAAAGUUUUACCUUAAAUCGCCGCAUCGUCAGCAAACAUCGUAUCAAAUUACUCAGGAUCCAGGACAUCCGAAAUUACUCAGAAAUAGCACCAUUAAGAUAAUGGUUCCCCGUGGACAUAUCUAUAUACCAACCCGUUUGGCAUUGCGUCUCGUUCCCAAUGGACGGUAUCCAUCGUGGUACUGUCGCUCCAUAACAGUGGUGGAUCUGAAGUUGAAAGUUCAGCAGCUAUUCCUCGUAGAGAGCUGGAUUGAAGGCGGGAGUCACAUACAGUUUAUGCGAUCCAAGUACUUUACAUAUGGCAACUAUAGUAGAUAUCCCAAGUAUACGUGGUGCAAGCGGUUCCGGAGUCGAGCAGAGCAGCUUUAUUUCAGUUGGUAUUUGAUUAAUGCAAUAACCGGGCCAUCGCAAAGUAAGGUCGGGGGCAUCAUCAUGAAUCAGUUCGAACGCACUUGCGUGUGGAUCUGCAAAACGGCUAUUACAUUGGCGUUUGUAACCUUGUACUUCGGAAAGCACACGGUAUCUAGCAUUCAGGAAGAGACUAGGGAAAACGUUGAUAAUUCCCUCAAAGUUCACUUAGUGGUUAUGCUGGGAUUUUUCGCUUUUUUAAUUGGUUUAGCUAUUCAUGUGUUAUUCGAAGUUAUCAUUUUACGUUGGUUAUGGCCACAAACAUAGUAAGAAAGCAAGUACUUUAUUGAAUGUUCAUAUUAAUAAAU